AUGUCACAGCUCCACUUCAAGCGGCUUUUGCGCGAGCUUCGCACGGUGCAAGAGGCGAACUCGGAUCCGGCCUCGCCGCUGCUCCGGUGUGAGCCGGUGGAUGAUAACAUGAUGGAGUGGGAGGUGGACAUCAACUUUCCAGAAGAUUCAGCUUUGCAGAAGAGCCUCAACAAUCUUGCAGAGAGCAUGUUUGAUGAGAGCCUGAAGAAGCUGACACUCUCGGUGCGCUUCCCCGUGGAGUAUCCCCUGAGCCCACCGGAGGUGUGGUUGCGAAAGCCCCGCUUGCAACAUGCGCGGGAGAACGCAGGCACAGUGACCUUUGGCGGGCGUGUUUGCAGUCCCAUCCUCGCGUCGCAGGGCUGGAACCCGGCGACCGCCAUGGUGGACGUGAUCGCUGAGGUGCGGCAAGCGCUGGUGGAGGCCCAGAUCGUGGCCUAUAGCACAGUCGCCAUCAAGAAGGAGUACCCGAAGCCGGCGAUCCAGCUGGAACGCUUGAGCUCGGAGCUCUUCCGGACGGCGAACGACUUCUGCAAGGAGGGCAUGACAGUGCUCUCGGCGGCCGCGGCCGCGCCCUUUCUGGGGGACCUUUCUAGGUUAGAAGCCACCGACAAGAUUGGCUUGCGGUUCUCUUAUGCCAAUGAAAUCUACGAACGCGCUGAGCAGGGGCUGGAGCUGCAUUUGCCCUUAACCUUCGAAGUGACCUCACGACUAGGCCGAAAGACACAUUGUGCAAUCUUUGAGUUCAUCAAUGGCUUGCCUGACAUGCACGUUUUGUUGCCCAAGUGGGUGCUCGAAGACAUGGGCGUGGAAGAGAGAGAUUUGGUGCGCGUGCGCGGGGUCAUGCUUGAUUUGAUCACCGGCGUGCGGAUCCAGCCCCACAGCGUGGACUUCUACCACGCGGUGCGCAGUAGCGGCCGGGAGGUCACUGAGCUCCUCACAGAGUCCCUGGCGCGCUUCAGCUGCUUGACCGAGGACACUGCAGUGCCCAUCGAUGUGGGCGGGUCGUUCUUCCAUGUGCAAGUCACCAAGCUCUUCCCUCGGGCAGCCGUGCGGAUCAUUGAUUCUGAUGUGCAGCACCAUUUCGAGUUCAAGGUUGACUUCGAGCCCGCUCCCGACUUGGAAGAUGAGGCAGCCAAGAAGGAGUUUCAAGAUCGCGCGGUAGCAGCUCUCAAACUCCGGAGGGAGAAGUCCAAGCAGAAAGAGCAGGACUUGGAGCAGCGCCGAGCCGCGGCGCGGCAGCGCCGCUACGAGCAGCUGCUCUCGAGCGCCCGGAGCAACGCCACCGGACCGGCGCUGGAUGUUCCCUCGGGAGGCAACGUGGACAUCGCUUUGCGGAUGCCGGACGGUACGCAAGUCAAAGGCCAGUUUCCAGAGGGCGGUUCGAUCGCUCAGCUCAUGGUUUUAGCCUUGGAGACGGACUGGGCCAAGAAAGCGCAUCCAUGGGGCAUCUACUUGCGGAUGGCCUACCCCAAGAAGGUGCUGAAAGAAGGCGAUCUCAUCACCAGAGACUUCCACCGCAGCACGUUGAGCGUCCAAGAAGAGCAACCACCAGACGAGGACGAGCGUCUCGCCGAGGAGGAGCCUCUGGCGCGUGGGAGCGCGGAACCCGAGGCCUUGUCCUCGGUUCUGCCGGAGCUCAAUGAAGAGGAGGUCAUGGCCAGGACACAGAGGGCCUUCGAGAUCCAGCGCUUUCUACGGGCUGGCUUUAGCUUGCAGGAGGCCGAAGCCAAGUACGCAGCUGGCGAGGUGCUAUUGCCUUCUGAGGAGUCCAGGCGCCCUGAGCCCGCUCCUCCCGCUGGAGCGGCACCGGCGCGGGAGCCGCGCUUGGAGCGAACGUUGUCAGAGGAGGAGCAGCGGCAAGGAAAAGUGGAGAUGGUGGUGAACUUCACGGGCGUGGACCGGGACGUGGCGUCGGUGGCCUUGGAGGAUCACGACUGGGUCGUGGAGAGGGCUGUGAACUCCCUCCUGGACGACCUGGCGGAGCGACGUGGAGAGAGAGGCAUCACCGUGGAGUUCCUCAUGGAAUCCCAUGCCUGCAGACCCUUCCGGGCCUAUGCCCGAGGCCUCUUGCUUGGAGACCUUUCGGUGGCAACCAUCGAGGAAGGUUCAAAUCGACUUGCACAGUCUAAGGCUCUCAUGGCCUUGGAGUACGUCUUGCAGCACAGCAACCACGGACAGGUUAAGAAGGUUCUUGAAGCUUUGGAAGAGUUUGCAGUGAAGGUCCUCAAGCCUUCAAGGCAGUGGUUCAAGAUCGCAGCUGGAGCUAAAGGUCUCGUGGUGGAGCGGGCCCUGCGCCGCGCACCCGAAGGGGCCUGUCUCGAGAUCGGCACCUAUGUGGGCUUUACGGCCAUUCGUUGUGCAGCAGGGCGGGCCCCGAAUGGACGUGUGGUGUCCCUCGAGGUGGACCCCGAACAUGCCGUGGUGGCGCAAUGCAUGGCCUUGCAUGCAGGUGUCGGCCGCCAGGUAGAGGUUUGGACGGGUCACAGCGGUGAUGUCAUACGCAGCCUACCAGAGCGAUACCCAGGUUGGACACCUCGCUUUGCCAUGGUUUUCAUGGACCAGUGCGGUUCUCGCUUUUGGGCGGACCUUGAGCUCUUAAUCAGAGAGGACAUGCUGCUGCCAGGUGCCGUGAUCCUGGCAGACAACGUACUGAAGCCAGGAGCACCGCUCUUUCUUUGGCAGCUGUUCCAUGGCCGAGGUCGUGAGCUUUUCUCGCAGCGCCAGUUGAUCAGCUUGGAAGAGUUUGCCAUGCCUGGUGUUGAGGAUUGCAUGGCAAUGGCCAUUUACAAUCCUGAUGGCAUGGCAAUGGCAGGAGCUGAUAAGGCUCCCCCUGCGGAGGUUUCAGCCUUGGAGUUCGAGGCCGAUCAAGUGCGUGCCAAAGCUGCCACCUCCGGCAGCGUGCCUUUCGAAGAUUGGUCCGUCUUUGCCGCGCGCAUGAAGAAAUCGUUGCAAGACCUGAAGAUAGAGAUCACUGAGUGGAUCGUUCCUGAGGUCGACAGCAAGGAGCCGAAGUGA